CAUUAAAGUGCGAGAAUGAAUAACGUCCUGAGCGUUCUGAGGCGUUGCUACAGCCUGAAGACGGCCAUUACGAUGGAGCACGCUGGCAGAUUAUCCAAAGCAGUUAAUUUGGCGCAACCCAUUGAAGCUUUUCCAAUGGAUGAUACCUUAAUGAUGAUGAUGGACCAGUACUCUUUUGCCGUAAGAGAUUCCACGUUAAGGGGGGAAGUAGAGCUGGAUCCCGCAAUCAAGCGCUUUGACGAAUUUUGUUAUUACGCUGGACCAGAGAGGGAGCUAUACACAGGGACAAUAAUGAUAAACUGCUACCACAAGAUUGAAUCACCGGAAAGGUUGACACCUGAGAAUCUGAAGCUGGCGAGCAUUUUAGCGUGGGUUUAUGAAAAUAUAACCACGGGAUUUGUACUGACCGACGAUAUCUUGGACGGUCACAAGGUGCGUUGGAAGAAACCAGCGUGGCACGCGCUGCCCCACGUGAAGCAGUCCUCUCUGUUGGAUAUAAAACAAAUCUCAAUCGGAUCCAUGCUCCUCCUUCAAAAAUAUUUUAGAAAUCACCCUCGCUAUCCCCAACUCCAGAACCUUCUCACGGAAUUUAUGCACCUCACCUUCCUCGGCCAAUGUCUCGACUACAUCACAUCGGAGAACUACCAGCAGACCAGGGACUGUAAUUUACUCGGCAUGAAGCACUACAAAUCCAUCGUUAUGUACAAAACGGGCUUCCCUCUGUACAUAGCGUCACCGUUAGGUGCGCUCCACCUUGCCAACGUGGACACCGAGCCGUUCGCCCGCUCCAAGCACAUCUUCGAGAAGCUCGCGGUCUACCGACAAGCGCAGAACGACAUGUGGGACUCGUUCAGCGACUUCAAGAACAUCGGCAAGCACUCCUCGGAUAUCGCCAAGGGGAAGGCGACGUGGAUUACGGCAACCGUCCUGGUCGAAGCGACCGAGACACAGAGACAGCUCUUCUUGGAAAACUACGGACGAGAGGAGCCCGAAUGCCAACGCGUCGUGCGCGAUGUGUUCGGCGAGAUGAACAUCGUGGAGAGGUUCGGGAAGUUUCGGCACGAGCUGAUGAGGGAGUGCGACGAGCACACCUCGAUGGUGGCACACCCGACCGUUACGAAAAUGAUUAACGUGCUUAUCGAAAAGUACGUCAAUAUAUACGAAGACUACGAAUUGUGACCUGUAAAUAUAAUCUGUAAUUUCUAAUAAAGUGAGAUCAGAAUCUCAAGAACCCCAACUACUCCUGAAAGACUCUCGGAAAGUCUUUGUAGCUUUUGGAGGGUCUUGAAGAUCGUUGCUUAUAGAAUUUUUAAAAGACUCAUAGAUUCAAAGGCGCUAAAACACCCUUUCGGAGAAGUAGAUGAGCAAUGUAUGUUCUGGACCAGGAAGUGACGUCACACCAAUCAGUAUCGAGUAUUUCGGUCACGUGGUCACGUGUGAGCCAAUGGGAGCGCGUGAGUCGGCCUUUUUGUGACGUCACAUUUUGGCUGUUUUGCAUCCGGUGUUUCUGGACCAGGAAACGCGUCACACCAAUCAGAAUCGAGUAUUUCGGUUGGCCAUUUUGUCUACGUCACAUUUUGGGUUGGAUCAGGAAACGCGUCACACCAAUCAGAAUGCAGUAUCGGCCAUUUUGUGUACGUCAUAUCUAGUUUUCCCGCGUUUAUUUCUGGACCAGGAAACACGUCAUAGGCGGCGUCGAGGAUUUCAACCAUCCAUCAUACGCGAAUUACGAAUCUGCCGCUUUA